GCUUCGCCUGAGCCACGGCAACUAUCGUUCCCAAGGCCUUAUGCUUUGCUGCAUCCAGCUGCCCAGCGCUUUAGGCAACGAGGUCUGGGUGACCUCGACGUGGAGGCUCACGCGCCGAGGCAUCUCAAGCGAUGUGACACCGACGAGUCUAUCAACUUCGGGGGCGCCUCCGGCAAGGAGCCGGGCUCUCCGGCGCCAACACUUCAC